AUGUUUGGGCACCUGAGGCCAUCGCCACUGCCGUACGACCACCCCCAAUGUAAGAACGGCAUCAGGAGCAUCUGCCCUAGGUCUGUGCGUUGUGACGGUCGAACGCUCGUCACCAUCAACUUUGCAUUGAAACCCGACGCUGAAAGAACCAUUAUACCUCUAUCUCACUCCUCCUCACUCCUCCUCACACCUCUUCCUCACACCUCUUCCUCACACCUCCUCACACCUCUUCCUCACACCUCUUCCUCACACCUCCUCACACCUCUUCCUCACACCUCUUCCUCACACCUCUUCCUCACACCUCUUCCUCACUCCUCCUCACACCUCUUCCUCACUCCUCCUCACUCCUCCUCACUCCUCUCUAGGCUCGUCACAUGUGUUCCAUGUGACGAGCCUAGAGCUCACUCCUCCUCACACCUCCUCACUCCUCCUCACACCUCUUCCUCACACCUCCUCACACCUCUUCCUCACACCUCUUCCUCACUCCUCCUCACUCCUCCUCACACCUCCUCACACCUCUUCCUCACACCUCUUCCUCACACCUCCUCACACCUCUUCCUCACACCUCUUCCUCACACCUCCUCACACCUCUUCCUCACACCUCUUCCUCACUCCUCCUCACUCUUCCUCACACCUCCUCACACCUCUUCCUCACACCUCUUCCUCACUCCUCCUCACUCCUCCUCACUCCUCCUCACACCUCCUCACACCUCUUCCUCACACCUCCUCACACCUCCUCACACCUCUUCCUCACACCUCUUCCUCACUCCUCCUCACUCCUCCUCACACCUCCUCACUCCUCCUCACUCCUCCUCACUCCUCCUCACUCCUCCUCACUCCUCCUCACACCUCUUCCUCACACCUCCUCACACCUCUUCCUCACUCCUCCUCACACCUCCUCACUCCUCCUCACACCUCCUCACACCUCUUCCUCACUCCUCCUCACUCCUCCUCACACCUCCUCACUCCUCCUCACUCCUCCUCACUCCUCCUCUUCCUCACUCCUCCUCACUCCUCCUCACACCUCCUCACUCCUCCUCACUCCUCCUCACACCUCUUCCUCACACCUCCUCACCCUCUCACCUCUUCCUCACACCUCUUCCUCACUCCUCCUCACUCCUCCUCACUCCUCCUCACACCUCUUCCUCACACCUCCUCACACCUCUUCCUCACCCUCUUCCUCACUCCUCCUCACUCCUCCUCACACCUCCUCACUCCUCCUCACUCCUCCUCACUCCUCCUCACUCCUCCUCACACCUCUUCCUCACACCUCCUCACACCUCUUCCUCACUCCUCCUCACACCUCCUCACUCCUCCUCACACCUCUUCCUCACUCCUCCUCACUCCUCCUCACACCUCCUCACUCCUCCUCACUCCUCCUCACACCUCUUCCUCACACCUCUUCCUCACACCUCUUCCUCACUCCUCCUCACUCCUCCUCACUCCUCCUCACACCUCUUCCUCACACCUCCUCACACCUCUUCCUCACUCCUCCUCACACCUCCUCACUCCUCCUCACUCCUCCUCACACCUCUUCCUCACACCUCCUCACACCUCUUCCUCACUCCUCCUCCUCACUCCUCCUCACACCUCCUCACUCCUCCUCACUCCUCCUCACACCUCCUCACCAACCUCUUCCUCACACCUCCUCACACCUCUUCCUCACUCCUCCUCACACCUCCUCACACCUCCUCACACCUCUUCCUCACACCUCUUCCUCACUCCUCCUCACUCCUCCUCACACCUCCUCACACCUCUUCCUCACACCUCCUCACACCUCCUCACACCUCUUCCUCACUCCUCCUCACUCCUCCUCACACCUCCUCACUCCUCCUCACUCCUCCUCACACCUCCUCACACCUCCUCACACCUCCUCACAAAGACAUUAUAUGUGACACUCUCAAAUUUUGGGACUCCCAGAUUUCUAAAACUACUCGAGAGCAGUAA